UUCAGUUUCAUUCCACAUCCACACAGUGGAACGAUCGCACGAGGACAAAUACUUGCCUGCCUGGAUCGAAGGACGAGCAGUGUAGUGCCGCUGACAGUCACUCACGAGAUCUGACAAAGAUGCAGACCGCUAGUCCGUCCUCGAUGGCCUUCCGCCGGGCACUGAACUCGUGGGCGUCGGAGGAGCUUGAUCCGAACGUGGAUGACCAGCCGUACUUUGACAGCUUUAACGGGAACGAUCCGAUUCGACAGGGUGGCGUGCGCAACAUUUACGCGCGCGAGAACAUCGGCCUCCUCUUCAACUACAUCUGCACAGGAUGGGCCGAAGCGAUUCUCCCCGCGACCAUCUAUCCGUUCAUGACCAACUACCUCAACAUGGACGGGUAUCAGACCCAGGCCGCGAUCGUGCUCAUCACGUUCCCGUACAUCCUCAAGACGUUCUUCGCCAUUCUGUCCGACUGUUUGCCGAUCAUGGGGCGGCGGCGCAUCCCGUACCUCAUAAUCGGCUGGUCCAUCUGCCUCUGCUUCCUCGUCAGCUGUGUGUUUGUACCCCAGACCGACGCGUACUGGAAGCACGGCGACUUGAACACCUUCCGCGACAACGAGUCCCUCCGCACGGUGCUCAACCCGAACGCACCCAAUGGCGGCUUUGGCUACGUGCUCAUGAUGAUGGGUGCGACGGCCGGUUUCUGCAUGGCCGACUCGGCGGGGGACGCCGUGAUGGUCGAGUUCGCGCAGCGCGAGCCGGAAAACAUCCGCGGGACCACGCAGACCAUCAUCACCCUCGCCAAGUUUGUCAGCGGCGGCGUCGCGGCCGCCAUCAUCGCCGUGUGCUUCAACGGCGUCGAGUACGGCGGCACGUUCAGCUGGACCUUGAGCUUCAACCAAGUGAUGCUCGUCGCAGCGGUGGCUCCAGUCGUUGGCAUCGCCACGUCCUACUUCAUUCCGGACCCGCCCAUCAACUCGGACGACGACGACGUCCAGACCUUCCGCGAAACCUUCUCCGAUUUAUGGAAUGCCGCCAAGAAGCGCGCCGUGUGGCAGCUCAUGGCGUUCAAUUUCCUCAACGCGUUCUUCUUUGAUGCGGUCGCGGCGCCGUCCGACGUGAUCAAGCGCACAUGGGCCCAAGUCCCCCCUAUUGUUGACGGCGUGUUCAAUAAUAUUUUUGCCGUGUUCUUGUUUGCGCUGGCGAUGCACCUCACGCGCAGCCACUUUUUGCACUCGGACUGGCGGCUCGUGAUCUUUGUGACGACGGUCGUGACCGUGGCCAUCCAGUGGACGGUGGACUUCGUCAUGGUAUUCGACGUUGUGCGGUCCCCAGAGUUCUACGUCGGCGUGCCCCUCACGUACCAAGUGCCCGUGGCCAUCCGCAACGUAGUCGUCACGUUCGCGACCGUCGAAAUCGCCGACGAGCGCUUCGAAGCAUCCACGUAUGCGUUGAUUUCCACCAUGAACUUGGCCGCAGGUCCAAUCUCAACAUCGCUGUUCAAACAGAUCGACGCGAGCUUCCUCGCGUACAAGGAGGACAUUGCCAAGGACACGCCCGAGGUGCGGUGGGAGGUGGCGUACUGCCUCAUAAUCUGCUACUGCGCGCGGUUGUUUUCAAAUGUGACGCUGGUCCUCCUUCCGCGGCAGAAAAAGGAGGCGCAGGAGCUCAAGCUCAAGGGCAAUACGCACUCGCAGCUGGCGCUCGUCACGUUCCUCGUGGGGGUGUUCGCGCUGCUGUGGGGCGUCGUCACCAACGUCAUGUCCAUCUACCCCGGCACGUCCUGCCUCCCCAUCGCAGGCGGCCCCGGCUGCUGCUCGGACGGCACGCCCGCCAUCCACCGCGGCAGUACCACCGCUUGUUAGAGACACACACCAUAUUAUGUAAGAAGAAAUUGCCGCAAUAUUUAUAUAUAUUAUAGAUCAAUAGUUUUCACUGGAAAU